CGUGGCGGUCAGACAGAAGUUACGUUACCGAGAAGCUAGCCGUGGUCACAGCGGUGCCGGGGGAAGGUCGACACCGUAGGACAGCAGCAUCACCUCAGAUCCGUUGACCUACCUGCUAUUUAAGUAUUUGACAACAUCGUGCAAGUAGACGAAGGCCUUAUAGACUAAACGGUUAAAGACUAACGUUAGCUAACCAUUUAGCAAGCUAGCUUCAAGUCCCUCUCAGUAUCUUCAUUUCCAUCCGAACAACAUCUACAAUCAUGGCUGCGCUGAGAGUGUCCUAUCACAGGAUUUUGGACAAGAUUGAGCAUUUGCUGCCUGCCAAACUGAGACCUCUUUACAACCACCCGGCAGGUCCAAAAACUGUUUUCUUCUGGGCCCCGAUGUUUAAAUGGGGUCUGGUAGCAGCCGGUUUGGCUGAUAUGACUCGGCCAGCCGAAAAACUCAGUACCUCCCAGUCUGCAGUGCUGACAGCUACGGGCCUGAUCUGGUCCAGAUACUCAUUGGUCAUAAUCCCGAAGAACUGGAACCUGUUUUGUGUCAACUUCUUUCUCGGCUGCGCAGGAAGCUCCCAGCUCUACAGGAUUUGGAGGCACAAGCAGGAUUUGAAGGCACAGGCUAAAGCGGCUGCAGAGUCCUGAGUGCUUUUCUGUUGCCAACACUUCCUUCAGUGGACUUAAAGGGAGACAUCAACCUGCCCCUUCCCAUCAUCGUCUCCAUAACACCCAUGCCAUAACCAUAAUUCUACCACAUUAAGCCUGUUGGAAAUGUGCACUUUUCCUUGAGUUUCAAAUUUCCUCAGGGUGUAAAAAAACAAAAGAGACAGAGCGGUUUUUUUGAACUGUUUUAACACACACACACACUUAAGAAUUGUGGUCAUCAACGCACAAGUACAAAAACUUGUAUGAUUGUACAUUCUUUAAUCUAAGUUCAUGCUUUAUGUCUUGUGCACUAGUUGGGAAAAUUUUUUUUUUUUCCCAUCAUCAUUUUUCAGGUGUAGCAAUCAGUACCUCAUGCAUCAAUUUCCCAAAAAAAUUAACUGUUGGAUGUGUGGUUUAAAGGAAUGUUUUCCCAAAUGAAAUUAAGAGGGAUUUCAUCACAUUAAUUUUUUUCAUUUACUUAUUUAUAAAUAGGUUACAGUUACGGCAUCUGUACCUCAGUGGAUAUUAAAUCAUUAUUGAUUACCAUGUAAUGAUUCCUUCCAUUUUAAUGGCUUUAAUCUGUGUGAGAGCAAAUCUUAAUUUAUUAAUGACUUGAUGAAAACAUGAACUUGUAGUGAAAACUGUAUAGGAAGAUGCUGUUAUUUUCUGAUUCUUUAUCAGAAAAACUUACACCAAUGCCACAUAUUUACCUGUGCAGCUUUUUGAUUGUUACAGUCAACUAGCGAACACGCUACCAGCUCUGUUAUCAAAAUCCUGCCGUUGAAUGCCUUUUUGUUCCUAGAAAGGUGUUUUAUAUUUUUUCUGUCUAAGAAUAGUACUUUCAUUGACAUGUUCCCACUAUAGUUAACAUUUAUAACCCCCUGAAUAUUUUAGCAAUAAUUGGUGUCAUCACAUAAAUAUUUCUUGAUCUGCUGACUGUUUGAACAAAUGGCACUUGGAUGGUCGUUAAUUAUGGCUCUGUAAUGCUAAUAAAUCCUGUUUGAGGACAUCA